CACGCUCCUUUAUGGUUUGUGUGAAAAACUGUCGCGGGAGGUUUUGGCUCGCACAUUAACCCAGACCCCGACAAUAUAACGCUCAGCAAUGGCCUGAAGCUGGUGCCAGGCUUUGAGAGGAUGCCACCCUCACUUUGUCUGAUGAACCAAGGGAUCGAAGGCAGCAAGAGUGCUGGUCAUGAUGACAGUGCCGCUGCAGAUCAACUGAUCAAUUAUAUCCAUGCAGGUAACAAAAAAACUCAUUAUUGCUUUGCAUCUGAAAAAAAGGUCAGCAAGCUGAACUCUCAUGGCCACCACUGAUUAUAGUCACAGAAGAACAGAUACUUCAUCCGGGCAUGCUCUUAAUCUGAACAAAUGUAAGCUGGUGGUGCUUCAACACAAAUCCCCCACUGUCCUUCCUUUGAGAGAUAAAGAGAGAAAGAUACUGAUUGCUUUUCCUAUCCAUUUUUACUCAAAGAAGCACCUCACAUCAGCAGGAGUCAUUGUUUGUGACUGGGUGUUGCUGCUGAUACGUCGGACUGGCUUUGUUUUAUUUUGGAAUUAGACUCCACAAAGGAGAAAUCAAGACUUUUUUUUUUUGUUGAUAUUUUACUGGUGCUUUAAGUUCUUCUUUCUAGCAGUUUGAUGUCUGACAUCCUCGGGCCGGAUGUUUCAAAUCUACAUGAAACUCUAUCAAAAUAGCUCUGCCUUGUUAUUUUGUUUGUAACUUGGAAGCAGCUUUCGCCUGAAGUAGAUGUAGCAGGCAAUAAGUGAACAGAGCAGAAUCGAAGAGCAAUUUCAUCAGCUCGCACCCUUGAAUCUCGAUAACAAUGUUUGCCAGCCGUGGUGCCAGUGGAGGAGGUAAAGGGGGGAAAUACUCCGUGGAGGACCUCUAUGGCAUCAGUAAGAAGCCCAAGGCAUCGACCUCCUCGGGGAGUAUUGUGGCCAAGUCUGGGACCCGGAGCAGCAAGAGCUCGGACCAGAAGACUGAGUCGGAGGCCUUGGCUUCUCAGAUCCUGGAGGCAGCCCACAGGCUGGUGGAGCGACGCCGGCUGGAGCUGUACCUGAGAGAAUGUGGCCUCUCACUGGCCGAGUGCGAGGCUGAGCGCUCUGCAAUGACAUACAGGAACCUGGGAAAAUCAGGCCUACGUGUUUCCUGUCUCGGGUUAGGCACCUGGGUGACAUUUGGAUCGCAGAUCUCUGAUGAAAUGGCAGAGAACCUGAUGACCAUAGCUUAUGAGAACGGAGUGAACCUGUUUGACACAGCGGAGGUGUACGCCUCUGGAAGGGCGGAAAUUACUCUAGGGAACAUUAUCAAGAAGAAAGGAUGGAGGCGUUCAAGUUUUGUCAUUACAACAAAAAUCUACUGGGGAGGCCAGGCAGAGACAGAGAGAGGACUCUCCAGAAAGCACAUUAUUGAAGGUUUAAGAGGAUCCUUAUCAAGACUCCAGCUAGAUUAUGUGGACAUAGUUUUUGCCAACAGAAAUGACGUCAACAGUCCGAUGGAAGAGAUUGUGCGGGCCAUGACCUUUGUAAUAAACCAGGGUAUGGCUAUGUACUGGGGAACCUCACGCUGGAGCGCAAUGGAAAUCAUGGAGGCAUACUCAGUGGCACGCCAGUUCAACCUGAUACCACCUGUGUGUGAGCAGGCAGAGUAUCACUAUUUCCAGAGGGACAAAGUAGAAGUGCAGCUUCCUGAACUCUACCACAAGAUAGGUGUGGGAGCGAUGACCUGGUCUCCGCUCGCUUGUGGAUUAAUCACAGGCAAGUACAGUGAUGGUGUACCAGAGUGCUCCAGAGCAGCAAUGAAGGGAUACCAGUGGCUGAAGGAACGAGUGAACAGUGAGGAGGGUCGGAGGCAGCUCGCUAAAAUCAAGGAGCUCCAUCUACUGGCAGACAGACUGGGCUGCACUGCUGCACAGUUAGCCAUCGCCUGGUGUCUGCGCAGUGAGGGAGUCAGCUCAGUACUUCUGGGGGUUUCCAAUGCAGACCAGCUACUUGAGAACCUGGGUGCCCUCCGGAUUUUAUCUCAAAUGACCCCUCAAACCGUUACUGAGAUAGAUGCCCUGCUGGGAAAUAAGCCACACUCGAAGAAAGAGUCACGCGCUUGAAGAUUCAAAUCUGAGCGACGGAUGAUGUUUCGAGAAGGCGAAGAAGACUUUUGACGUUGGGAAACAUCGCUUUUUGCUCUGCUGUAUACUCAACAACUUGCAUGUCCUCAGCAACAUUUAUGCUUCCAGUAUGUGCGCAUAUCCAUUUUGCGCAGUACAUUAUACGUAUCAUGUAGGAAAAAAAAAAAAAAAGAGAGAAAAUCUCUCAGUUGUGGAAAAAAAUAAUAGCAGGUCAUAUAUUGCUCACUGUUGAUUGUUCACAGACUAAUUAUUUCAGCAUAGAGGAAGGCUAAAGCUGGUCAAUCAAAUGUCAGCCCUAAAGUGUGUGUGUGUAUGGGGGGGAGGCCACCUCUGCGCUAACAUGCAACUUCACUGCUUGAACGGUGCUUUCAUUAGACAUGUGAGUCUCCUCCCCUCACAGCUCUGCCUGUUAUUCUGUGUGAUGUUUAGUACCCAGCAGCCAGAGAGCUAAAGGUUAGUCCUCGUGUGUCUAGCCGAACAUUUCCCGUGGUGUGCAUGUGACUGGUCUGCCACACGCACUGCUUUAUAGGGUUGGGAACAAUGGAUUACUUGUAGAAUCAUUAGAGUGAUCUGACUGUUCAAAAAAAAAAAAAAGCAACUAAUUCAGUCUGGUGUUAAAAAAAACAAAAAAAAAAUCAAAUCACAUAAUUUAAAAGGAAAAAUAGGCAAAUUCAUUUCAAACACUAAGGUUACAGACAGAAUUUUAAUGGAUUCUGGCAGAAAUGUGCAUAUAAAUGUGUUAUUACAGUUUCAAAUUGGCAAUCAGAAAUCAAUAGCGGGUGACAUUUUGAAAGUGACUUUCCCAACCCUGCUGCUUUCUCAGUGGUCCGUUUGCCUCCCCUGUUUGUAAACUGUGCGCAUGUCCCUUUAAGACAGAAUAGCCCUAACAGGGUGUAAAUGUGGCAUGGCUUUUUUAUGGCUUAUGUAGAUUUGCAGUGCCCUUGUAAGCCCUUUUUUUUUUUUUUUAAACUCUAAAUGGUCAGGUAGUUUUACCCAACAUCCGUACUGCUGGGCACUCUUGCUUUAAAGACUCUCAGCAGUCUGCAGACACGGCUGUGUGUCCAUGUGGCAUAUAAUCUUUGUACUGUCCUAAACUAUGUCGAAAAGAUGUUGACAUCGCUUUCAGUGAUGCCAUUCUUGUGGAGAGCAUUGCUGAGCUUGAAUCACAGGUUUGAGGUGGUCGGACUGUAUUUUGUGUCAGACUAGUCAUCUGACACAAAGAUUUGGGCACACUGUGGCGAACUUGUAGUUUUCAAAAGAUGAGGAAUAAAUAAGUCUGAGUUUAUCAAAUGUGAUACAACUCUUGCCACAGGCCACUUGGGGUAAGAUUUAGAAUAUGUAACUUUUUCUUUUUAUUUGUGGAGGCCUCAAAAUACAGCUUUCUCUGCUCAUUUCUCUCUGUAUCAUUCGUUCCCUUUAUUCUGACACACAUGCACGAUGAAUUUUAUACUGUGCACUUUGUCUUUUUCCCUUUAGUUUUGUAAUGAUUUCAAUACUUUGUAAUGUGAAGGGGGAUUUUUUUUUUCUCUCCUUUUGUGAUUUGCCAUGAAUACUAAUCUCCGAGGUGGAGUUUUUGAUACAUGGAGUUGUUUUAGCAGACACGAGGUCGCAAUAUAUUGUAAAUAGGCUCAUCUGUUCGCCAGUGAUGUAACAGGAGAUGGUUCAAGUUUAUGGUUUGUGAAGGUUUUGCUAAAGGAGCUGCUGAAAUGUGUCUCUCCUCUGUGAGUCUGUGAUGAUGUACAGUUCGACUGAGUGUAGCUCCCAGUGUACAUAGAUACAAGCAAACCCUGAAAAUGUAACUUUGCCUGCGUAACUUAUAUUUUACUGUCUUGCAACAAAGAGAAACCAAAAAAAAAAAAAAAAGAGACAGAGAGAGUGACAACUCAUACUGAAUGUAUUGUGUCAAUUGCUCAAACCUACUUAAGGGACAAAGCACAUAACAUGUUCCCAAAGUUAUUGGUUUUUAAAUUGAAAAAUCCUGCAGAGCAGUCAUGCAAACAUUUACAUUGGGGAUUUGGCUCAACACAACACAAGCUUCUUACACCCCCUUCAUUCAGCUGGUAAUAGAAAGUCAGAUAAGCUUUUGUACUUCCAGACCUGGAGUAGUCUAAUCACAGGUGUGAUGUUAAACCCUACUGUUAGCUACCUUUCCCUGUUCAUUUUUAGAAUAAACUUUUUUUGUGUGUAUAUGUACAUAUGCAAUUUAGGAGUUGCAUAUGAGCUAGCAUAUGGGCCACUAGUUCUAGGAGUAGUCAGAACCUUCAUUCUCACAUAUAAUGUGCUCCCUUGAUGGGUUUUAGCUUCCUUAUGUACACUUUGAUGAUCAACACAAUGUUGAUGGACAUACUUAGAACCUUAAACCUGUAAUUGCUUCAGAUUUUUUUUGUUUAACAUUUUUAUGCAGAUAGAAAAUAAAGCAAACAGCAGCUUUCAGCAACAACUUA